AUGGAGAACAUUCAGAUUGAUCAAUGUUUAUCAUUUAAUUCUAGACCGAUAUCAGAUUUAAUCAUUCUCAACAUCAUCAAAUACAUCGACAACAAUGUAGAUGUAAUCUGUUUACUAUUGUCAUGUAAAGCAUUGUACAGGCUAAGGGAAAAGUUUGAAGGGAUUUGUAGAGAUUUGUACAACAAUAAAAGCUAUCACUAUAACCCAAACUCUACAACUGCCAGUUAUCAUAGCAAUAGUACUAUUCCUCCUCUUCCUUCAUAUCCUCCACUUUUAGUAUUCUUUAAACAUUUUCAAUCAUUCUAUGACAUGGGUUAUUAUCAAGACAGAUUCCCCCUUUCAAAACCACGCAACAUUUGUAUGAAAGCAUUCAAGAAUAUACUUGUUAUUAGUUUACGUCACUGUUUUAUAGAGCAUUAUAGAAACCGUUGUAACAUCUGGGAUGCCAACAUACCAAACAUCAAUGUUCGAACAUUGGAAUAUUGUUUGAUAAAAGGAAGAAAUAUAGUCAUCCCAUCAUCAUCACACUCGAUCAAAGAACUUCACCUCAACUUUGGACAUGAUGAAAGAAUAGAAAAAGAGUUGGUACUUGAAGAUGGAACUAUUCCACAUGGUGUUCAAAAACUAGUGUUGUGGUACUAUCAUGGUCCAGUAACUAGAGAUAAUAUUCCCGACUCGGUUACAGAGCUAACACUCUUGGAGAAUAUUAAACAAGUACCUCGUACAGCACCAUUCAUACUUCCACCAAAUCUAAAAGUAUUAACAUGGUCACCUCAUAAUAGUGUUACAACUGCUGCUGCCGCUGCAGCUACUCAAAUACCACCACCACCAACGCUCACCACCAUCACUUCAGUUGAUUAUGCCACUCACCAAUCACACAUCCAUCCUUUUGGUGAAGACAUAUAUCAUCCACGACCACCCACCACCUACGUUCCAACAUCAUUGACUACAUUGGCAUUAAUAAUGAUUAAACAAGAUAAACGAGAUAUUUUCUCACUCAACAACAUUGAAAUAAUCAACAACAAUCAAGACAUCCACCAAAACAGUUAUGACACCAAACAACUACUUCUUCCAUACAACAUCACAACAUUGACCUGUUGUACAGGAUUGUCAAAUGAUAGCGGCGGCGGUACUAGCAUUAUAUUGAUUGAAAAAGAUACAUUGGUUGGAGGAAUAGUUCGACUUGAGAAGGACAAACUCAAACAACAACCUUUGUACCUCAAUUUGUGUGGGGCUCGUACAGCAUGCCAUUUAUCAUCUGUUCCAUGGAUCAAAAAAACAAUGAUAUGA